AUGCUCGACGAUGAUACCAGAUCGACAACCACAUCCGAGGCAGAUUUCGGUACAACCUGGCUCCUAUUGUCCAACGGAAGGAGGGUCAUUGCCUUGAGCACAGAUCUUCGGGUCCCAAGCAUGACGCCUGGCUUUGGAGAAGACGACGGAUCUAAGUCAAACAUCCUUGCGGACUACGAGCUUGGAGGACAUUUUGGAAAUCUGACUCUCCUGGAGUUCGUUUUCGACCACCGCCACGCACUUCUCAUGUUUGAACACAGUGCCAGUGCCAUGUUACUCAAUUUGACAAGACCACAACGCGAUGAGAUCUCACAUAUCAAGCAUCCUGACUCGACAUCAUUUGCUCAGGCACCGGACACGAAUAGAUUUGCACUACUUCGAAGAGACAAAGGGCAAGACAAAAUAUCCGUGUUCGAGCGGUCUUCAACCGGAGCGCUAAUUCGGCAGACGUUCGAUUCUCACACGUCAGACGCACAAGGCAUUAUGUGGUGUCCAGGCGGUCAACCCCUGUUGGCGGUAUGCGACUCCUCUACUUAUGGUGUCAGCGUCCUCUUCUAUACGGCCCAGGGCCAUUCCUUGAAGCAAUUGGACAUCAAUUCGACAAGCAUGAACCUGGUUCGACUACCGAUGAAUGUUGAGGGCGUUGGUACGACCUGCCUGAAGUGGAUCAACACAUCUUGUGGCGAAACUAUUCAGGGAGUUCUGGAUGGACAACGGCAGUUGCUUCUCCGAAACCUGGUGCCAUCAAGCAUGGGUGCUCGACAAGUCGCACUUUUUGUUCAUCCUGACACAAUUGAUGGGGACAAAACCUUUGUCUGGCAAGAAGAGAUACAAAAGGGCUUAACUUCCAGCUUCUCGUCCAUUUUCUUACGCCAAAAGGCAUCUUUCUCUGCAAUCCCAGAAUCUGAAGGCCCAAGCUCACACUCGACAAACAUGAUUGAGAUUAAUGCAGACCAAACCAUGAUCGCCACGUCCCUGCAAGGCUUCACUAAGAUGUUGUGGAUCUGGAAACCGCGCCAGUCUGAACCUCAUACGGUCAUUAUUUUCCGACACCCAGUCAAGAAUGUGCUCUGGCAUCCUACCAUGCCUCACGUCCUUGCUGUUGUCACCAACCAGAAACGACCCAUUGUAUAUGUGUGGUACCAGCCUAAUCUAGGACCUAUCAGGGGACAAAUCACCCUGAACCAUGAGAUGCAUUCCAAUCAACUGGUCUCAACUCUCUCUACUAGAUUCUCUGGCUCGUGGCUACCUGCAGCAAAACAUACUGAUGGACGUGUGCCCUUUUUUUUCACCUCCGCAACAAGGUUUGAGGUUAGUUUCCUACAAAGUCUGAACGGAGAGGUCAUAUUCGAAAGUGCGUUGCGACGGAGCAGAGAUCUUCUAGAGGGUGACGAGUCCAGUGGAUUUGAGGAAACUGUCAACGUCCAUACACCAAGCCGAGCUGUAACAACUCUUAAACACGCCCAUUUUGCGGAAGAAGCUGGGCCUAGACUUGAUGGGAACCCCUCCAUCCAUGCACAAGCAAAGUAUGGAAGGUGGUGA